CGCAAGAGAUAAAAGGCGGGCUGUUGGGACACUAACGAAGCAUCAACUCACCCCCCUUCCUCCCCUCACUCUCACACACACACAAACACAAUGGCAAACCUCGAGGAUAAGCCUGGUGUCGAUAUCGAGAAGGACACGACCCCCGCUCCUGCCGAAGCUGAGAAGAGCGACGACGACGUCGUGCUCGUCGACGCUGAGGCUGCUGCCGCCGACGUCGACGCCACCGCGGCCGACCUGGCCAAGGUGGCGCUCGACGACAAGGAGGACAGCGAGAGCACGUCGUCGUCGUCGUCCGACUCGGAGUCCGAGUCAGACGCCGAGGUCAUCAUCGAGGCCCCCGGCGACGGAGAGCGCGUCCGCGUCGUCUUCGUCGGCGGCAAGGGCGGCCGCCACUGGCGCCGCUGGGCCCGCGAUGCGCAGCGCGCCGGCUUUGGCUUCGGCGGCGGCGCCGGCUUCGGUGGCCACUGGCCCGGCGCGACUGGAAACUUCCCCGGCGCAGCUGGCCCGGCCUUUGGACCCCGCGGCUUCGGCGCUUGCCCCGUCGGCGGCUUCGCUGGCCCGGCAGGCAUUGGCCCCAACUAUGCUUCCUUCUUCAGCUACGGCUCGCCCGGGCACCGCGGCUGCCCCGGCGCCGAGCACAGGCACAAGCACAAGGAGGGCAAGGAGAAGCACAAGGAGAAGCGUAAGGAGAAGCACGAGAAGGACGCCACCGACAAGGAUGGCGAGAAAGCCAUGGACGACAACGACGAGAAGCACGACAAGCACAAGCACAAGCACCACCACCGCGAGCACCGCCGCCACCACCACGAGCACUCCCGUCACCACCACGGCAAGCGAGCCUUCGACUUCCCCUUCCCCUUCGGCCACUUUGAGGCCUUUGGCCCCUCUGGCCCAGCUGGCCCUUCUGGCUUCGGCGGCGGCCCCGGAUUCCCUCCCCACCACCCAGGCUUCGACUCGCACCAGGCGCCGCGCACUCCCGCCGGCCCUCCCCCUCCCGGACCUCCCCCCGGCUUUGACGAGAUCCCCACGGAGGCGCCCGAGUUCCCCUCUGGCCGCGGCGGCUUCGGUGGACCCGCUGGCCCAGGUGGCCCUGGUGGUCCCGGCGGUCCCGGUGGCUUCGGCUUCGGCGGUCCUUCUGGCCCAGGCGGUCCCGGCUUUGGUGGCCCCCGCGGCUUCGGUUUCGGCGGCCCAGGCUUCGGCCGCCGCGGCCCCCACGGCUUCAGCUUUGACGUCGAGCUCCCGCCCGGCGUAAGCCCCGACGAGGUCGACUGGCGUGCUGAGCUUGCCCGCGCUGCCGCCGACCAGCGCCGCGCCUUCCGCGACGCCGCGCGCGACGCCCACCGCGCCCGAAAGGAGCACAAGAAGGCAUUCAAAGCUGCCCGUGCGCAGUCGCGUGCCGAGGCCAAGGAGGCCCGCCGCGAGCGCAAGAAGCGCGACACGACCAGCUCGAGCUCGAGCAGCUCCGAGUCCGAGGAUGAACGCGAGCGCGCGUUCCCCUCUUUCUCGCCCUUCGGCGAGCGCAACCAGGCGUUCGAGGCCGGCGAGUCUGGCUUCGCCGGCGGUGGUGGCGGCGGCGGCUUCGGCGGCUUCGGCGGCCACGGUGGUGGUGGCGGCGGAGGUCCCUUUGCCUACGGCUUCUCCCACGGCGACUUCACCCACGGCCCCGGCCGCCACGGCACCGGCGGCAGCUGGAGCUGGUUUGGCGGCCGCCCCUCUGGCCACGGGCACCACUUUGGCCCUGGCUCCGGCUUCGGUGGGCGCGGUCGUGGCCGCGGCGGCUUUCACGGCCACGGACGCGGCCCGCACGGCUUCACUGCCGGCUUCGAGGCGUGAAUCGCCUCUGGCCCCUCCACGUCGACCCCGACAACAACCACAACCACAACAAGGUGGCCUGCUCCCGCAGGCCGGACACCGCUACGCGCAGGCCCGUGAUCGCCCCGCCUGAGGCCCGCGCUUCGGUCCGAUACCCACAGCGGCUCGCCGCUUCGUUUGGAUCAUAGAAAAGAAAACCGCAAAAAAAUCUACAAAAUAUAAAAACUUUCGAAAGUGAUGCAUUGCGUCGCGAGUAGCUUAUGACCGUCGCGUCUCUUGUUCAAA